CAGACAUCCAUCUUGCCUUUGUAGGUUGUUCUUAUUUUUAAUUUGGUCAAGAAUGGAGACCGAGAGACUACAAGACGUGCAGUUUAUUAAAGUUGAACCGAAGGUGGAGGUGGAGGAGCUCGACAAUGAGCCGGAAGCUAAAGCAAUUGAGCUCAAGUACGAAGAGGGAGUCAACAACGAUUUGCAGUGGAAAGAGGAUCCUGGGAUAGUUCUUAAUGAAUCGACAACAUUUAAUUGUGAACAGUGCGAGUACACUGCAAAAAAGAAAAAAAACCUAAUGGAUCACAUGCGAAUGCACCACGGUUUGGAAAAUUUUCAUUGUGAACAGUGUAACUACACAACGAAAUUGAAACGGUACUUGGUAACGCACAUCCGACGACAACACAGCGCGGAAUUAUUUCAUUGUGAACAUUGCAAUUACGUUACGAAACAGAUGGCAUGCAUUAAGCAACACAUGAAGGCGCGGCAUAGUACACGAAAGCUCCGAUGUGAACAGUGCGAUUACGUCACAAAUUUGAAAACAAAGAUGCGCUACCACAUGAAAGCGCAACAUGGCCUGGAAAAGUUCACUUGCCAACACUGCAACUACACAACGACGUUAAAAGUAAAUUUCACCCUUCACAUGGAACUUUCUCACUCGUUGGAAAAACCUCUAUUUAAUUGUGUAGAGUGCGAUUACACCACAGAUCGAAAAAUAAACUUAAAUAAUCAUAUAAGGGCACAUCACAGUUCGGACAAAUUCUUUUGUUAUCAGUGUAAUUUCUCCAGCACUUGGAAACGAAGCUUAAAACAACAUAUGGAAGUGAGACACCGUUCCAAGACUGCUAGUCGUUGCGAAAUAUGUAACUCCGCGACAAAUUUGAUAAGUUUGCUAAUGCAACACACGAAAAAAAGUCACGAUCCAGAGAAAUUCAAUUGUCAAUACUGCGACCACGUCGCGCAUACCAAAAGGUGGUUCGUGCAUCACAUGCAAGCCUGCCAUAAUAUAUCAGAACCGGAAAAAUUCAUCUGCCAAAGAUGUGCGUACACAACGUCCUACAAAAUCGAGCGACCGGCGCAUCACAACCCGAUCACAUUUAAUUGUGAACAGUGCGAUUUUAGUACAGAAUCGAAAAAAUUUUUGCCGCGACACGUUAAGAAAGUUCACACUGCUCGCGAUUGUGAACUGUGCGAUUCGGAGCAGUUUUACUGUUUGCAGUGCGAUUUUGUAACCACGAAGAGACGGUACCUUGUGGAUCAUAUUAAAAACGUGCACAGUUCGGAGAGGUUCGCGUGUCAACGGUGCGACUUUAGUGGGAAAUCGAAACGAAGCCUGGCGCAACACGCACGCACCUACCAUUCGAAAACGACACUUAAAUGCGAGCAGUGCGAUUUCGUCGCCAAGUCGAUGGUGCGAUUGGAGCGACACGCGCGAUACGGGCACAAUUUGGAAAGUCUCAGCUGUGAACUGUGCGGUUACGUUACGAAACAAAAGCCGAACAUGCGUUACCAUCGGAAGGUGCGUCACGGUCUUGAACAGUUCGCCUGUCAGCACUGCGAUUACACGACGAAGGCGAAACGUUGCCUGAAACAUCACGUGCAAAUGCGCCACUUCGAGACGGAAAAUUUUAAUUGUGAACAGUGCGAUUAUACGACGACUUGUAAAAUGAACAUUUACAAUCAUGUGAAGGCGCAUCACGGUUCGGAAAAGUUCGUCUGCCAACAGUGCGAUUUUGUCACGACGUGGGAGCUCAGAUUUAAGUUGCACGUGAAAGUUCGUCACGGUUAGUGUAAUUUCAAAUUGUGCGGUUUCGCUGCGAAAUUGAAACCCCCUAGUCACAAGUCAUUUGUUGCCAUAGGCAUAGACAGUGUAGAUAAACGUACCCAUGCACCAAUAGAAAAGGAAGACACUUACCCCCCCAAGGCUCACAGGCUUCAAGUUCAACAUCCCUGUACCUGUAACCAAUUAUUCAUUUCAAAACCUGAACGUUUCAAAUUCAGUCAACGACUUUUUGACAGAAGAGCCAGAGAGAAUGGGGCUUCUGCCACAUCUGGAUUUGCUCAAAUUAAUGGCACUGGAACGAAGUAACAGUACACACGCGAGAGUAAGCGCACAAUAUCAAUCAUUAUUGCUGUGAACCCGCUUUAAACUUUAAUUUGGGG